AUGGAAGAACUAAGAGACAACAAGCCAAGCACCGUUGUCAAGAUCGCUGCAGACGGCGAUGUUAUUCUGGUUGUUGGGCCGGAAAAGGUGAAGCUUCGUGUUCAUUCGCUAUUUCUGAAGGCAGCCUCGAAACCCUUCUCCGUCAUGUUCGGGCCCGACUGGAAGGAAGGCCAUAAUAUGCUCGGUCGGGAUGGGCCAGUAGAGCUACCGCUGCCCGAAGACAAUGCCGCUGCGCUCAAGCUUAUCUGUGCCAUCAUCCACCACCAGAACAACAAGGUGCCUCAAUAG